CCGCUCUUCGGGCCAGCACCCUAGGCCCGCCGGCCGCCAGCUGUCGCCGACAUGGAACCCGUGGCCAGCAAUAUCCAGGUCCUGCUGCAGGCGGCCGAGUUCCUAGAGCGCCGUGAGAGAGAAGCUGAGCAUGGCUACGCGUCCCUGUGCCCGCACCGCAAUCCAGGCCCAGUCUACAGGAGGAAGCGAUCCCCCCAAGCUUCUGGCGCGCUGGACAGUGGGCGGUCUGUGCACAACGAGCUGGAGAAACGCAGGAGGGCCCAGCUGAAGCGGUGCCUAGAGCAGCUAAAACAGCAGAUGCCCCUGGGGCCUGACUGUGCCCGCUACACCACAUUGAGCCUUCUGCGCUGGGCCAGGAUGCACAUCCAGAAGCUGGAGGCGCAGGAGCAGCGGGCGCGGCGGCUCAAGGAGAAGCUGCGCAGCAAGCGGCAGAGCCUGCGGCGGCAGCUGGAGCGGCUCCGGGGGCCCGCGGGGCCGCGGGCAGACGGCCUGGACUCUUCGGGCCUCUCUUCCGAGCGCUCGGACUCGGACCGAGAGGAGGCGGACGUGGACGUGGAGAGCCUGGCGUCCGGGGCUGAGGCUGAGCUGCUGCGGGGCUUCGGCGCGGGCCGGGAGCACAGCUACUCCCACGGGGGCAGCAGCUGGCUGUGAGCCGCCCGCACGCUGCCCUCCGCUCGAGGCCGGAACCCGCCGCAAGCCUCAGGGGCUGCCUGCGACGGACUGA